AUGUCGGCCCACCUGCAAUGGAUGGUCAUGCAGAACCGCUCCAGCUUCCUGAUCAAGGGCAACAAGCAGAUGUACAACCCUUUGCCCAAUAACCUGAAGGCACGCAACUCGUUCUUCUAUGAUGGGAUGAUUAACCACAAGACGGGCGUGGAGCCCGCAGCCGCCAACUGCAAAGGGGUGGUUGUGGUCAUUAGGCAGAGAUCGGGCCAGCAAAAACCUGCCACCUCCUACAUGCAGACCAACAAGAAUGCCCAGGCCACUCUCAGCAGCAUCCGUCACAAGAAGAACAAGAACAUUGCUGCUAUUCACAGAACCAGCGCCAUCCUGCGCAGCCAGAAGCCUGUGAUGGUGAAAAGGAGGCACGCCAGCACCACCAAAAGUUCCUGAACGCCUGCCUCCACUUC